AUGGCCAGAGAAAUCAAAGAUAUUAAAGAAUUUGUUGAAUUAGCAAGAAGAUCAGACGUGAAAUCAGCUAUUGUUAAGGUAAACAGCAAGAUUAAUGCCAAUGGUAAAAAAUUCAAACAAACAAAGUUCAAGGUUAGAGGCUCCAGAUACCAGUAUACUUUAGUUGUUAACGAUGCCGCAAAAGCCAAGAAGUUACAGCAAUCAUUACCACCUACAUUGGAUAUUAAGAAUUUGUAA